AUGGUUGAGGAAAUGAUAAAUGUUCUUCAUCAGUCAGAGAGGAAACUGACUGAGCAGGCCAAGAGGGUCAUUGAUGAUAAACUAAAGGUGCUAAUACAGUGUAACCCUUCAGCCAGUUGUACUCAUAUAGUAAAAGUACAAGUACUUGAUGUUCACCUUGAUGAUACCUCACUAGUCAUCCCAUUCAACCCUUAUCUUGAUAACAUCAUUCCAAUAUAUUGUGUAGCUGAGUUGAUAGGUCCAUGGGGGAUUGCUGUAAAUGAUGAGAGUCAUAAUAUCAUAAUAACAGAGCAUUGGAAUAACUGUGUAACGAUACUGGAUAGAGAAGGAAAGAAAGUGAAAUUAUUAGGAGGGAAAGGAGGAAGUGGCAAUGUCAAGUUUCCUUCACCUCGUGGUAUAGCCAUUACUCCAGACAAGUGCAUUCUGGUGUGUGAUAAUCACAGGAUACAGAAGAUAAGCAUGGAUGGAUACCUUAUAACAUCAGUUGGUGAGGAGGGUAAUGGACCGUUACAAUUUAAUAUUCCUGCUGGCAUUGCUAUUUCUCCUAUAACGGGGCAGGUUUAUGUUGCUGACAGGGCUAAUCACCGUAUACAAGUCUUGAAUCCUGAUCUAACUUUCUCUCAUUCGUUUGGUAGUGAAGGAUCAGCUAAUGGACAGCUUAGUUAUCCACGUCACAUUGCUAUUGACAGUCAAGGAUUAGUGUAUGUUGCCGAUUCUGGUAAUCAUCGUAUUCAGAAGUUUUCUCUUGAUGGACAGUUUGUGGCUCAGUUUGGUAUUAAAGGUUCUGGUCCUGGUCAGCUUAAUGGCCCUUUUGGUAUUACAAUAGACACUGGAGCUACCGGCCUAGUAUAUGUUAGUGAAUGGAACAAUAGUCGUAUCUCAGUCUUCACUAGUGAUGGUCUGUUUAUUAAUAGUUUUGGAAAGAAUGACAGUACCUAUCAGUUUUAUCAUCCUUAUGGAUUAGCAUUUGAUAAAGCUGGAUUUUUGUAUGUUUGUGAUGAUUAUAAUAGCCGACUUGUUGUUUAUUGAAUAUGCUAAACUUUUUUUAAAAGAAUUUUAUUUCACAUUUUGCCUGCA